UCCCACGCUUUCGUCUUGUUCUCGUUGGUUCCAUUGCUCUGUCACAGUCCCGUGCUGUGGUUCUCUUCCUCCGCCAACACAUUUCAAUAUCACAGUCUCAUCCAGUGGUUGUGUUCUCUGUUAAAAUAAACACUGUGCCUGCAGCAUCAUCAACCAGACUGAUAUAUUAGGAUAUUAAGCAGUCACCACAAUGGAUGGAUGUAAGAAUACAACAGUACAGAUUGGUCCAUUUCACCAUAGUCCAUGCCGAUCUAACAAGUAGAGUCAUCCAAGCAUCUGAGUGAUUCAGCUGAAUUCAAAGUAUCCUAGUGAUUAAGAGUUGGAUUUUGAAGUUCUGUUGAAGCACAUCUCUGUGGAUAUUAAUCAAUCUUCUCAGUGAUAAAGGUGGAUUUAGGAUUCAUACAGUGAUUUAUAAAGUACUGUGAGACAACACACAGAAUUGUUGUUGAAUAAGUUUGGAUUAAAAUUUCUCAGUUGUGGAAUUUUUGAAUGAAUACACCUGUUUUUGACAGGUGAUAAGCAACAGAAUUUUGACUUGUUAGUGUUUUGUUACACAAACAUCAUGAGUGUUAACGGCCAAAGCAGCCUGCCUACGAAUCAUGUUGAGCUUUAUGUUCGUGCUGGAAAGGAUGGAGAAUGUUUAGGGGCAUGUAUAAACUGCCAACGAUUCUACAUGAUUUUGGACAGGAAGGGAAAAGCAGGAGAGCUGACUUUUGAUGUCAUCACAAUCAACAUGGCCCGCCCACCAGCAGAGUUUAAGAAAUUGGCCAACCGACUUCCAGUCUUAAAACAUGGCGAUGAAAUAUUGUCUGAUAAUGAUGAGAUUGUGCAGUACAUUGAUGAGAACUUUCCGUACCCAGGUUUGAGAUAUGACAACAUGCUUGCUCAUAGCGUGUGUUUAGAUAUCUUCUCCAAGUUUUCCUUCUACAUUAAGCAGGUGAGCCACGGUCCUGAGAACCUCCUAAAGGAAUUACAAGCAAUUAACGACUACCUGGAGGGUGUGGAUUCUCUUUACCUUUGCGGUAAUGAGUUAAAACACCUCGACUGCUUGAUGCUUCCAAAGUUGCAACAUAUUCGUGUCGCAGCCAAGGCAUUUAAGGAUUUUGACAUCCCUGCAGAUAUGGUUGGACUUUGGAGAUAUCUUAAGAAUGCUUAUGCAGAUGAUACCUUUCGCAAAUCAUGCCCUUCUGACCAGGAAAUUGUUCAUUUCUGGGAAUCCAAACCUGAGACACCCAAACUGUCUGAAGAGAAGAAGCGGGAAUAUGGCACAGAUGGAUAUGCAGAGCCAAAGUACUCUUUUGAUGUCCCUCAGUAAAGCCAAUAGGUCCACAGUUUCCAAAACUUUAUUCAGCUUAGCUUUCCUCCCAUGAAAAAGCACCUUAUGGACUGUUUCGUAUAUAUCUAAAUGAAUUCAUUUAAGGAAUGGUGGUGUUAGCAGCAUGGAGCUAUAUUCCUUGAAUCACACCUUAAACUGAGUUCUAUAUCAGCAGGUUUAGCAUCUGGAGUACCUUUAUUUGUAUCAACAUUUAUGAUAGGGGUGUUAAUAUUACUGUAUUUCGUUACCAGGAGUAUCACAAAAUGCCAAUGUAUAAUCUAUAUGUCAGUGUGGGGUGAUUUGUGAGAGCUUCAAAAAGACAAAGUGACAAGGAAUGUUUUGAUAGAUAACCGGCAAGUUUUGUUUAUUAUCAAAUGAUCAUAUGCUGACAUCUUAAUGAUUCCUUGCAUAUUUUUUGCAAGGCUUUUAAAAAUAUAAUUUUCACAGUUUUAUGAUAUUUAUUUAAGAAAAUACAAGUAUUUUGUUGCUAGUCUAAGGGACAAAAACAUAUUUAUGAUCAAAGAUUAUAUGCCUGUAUAGCUUUCUGAAUUAUCGGUACAGUUUUGUAUGGAAAAAUAGAUGUGAUAUGCCUAUCAAAAUUUAUUUGUUUCGCAUAAAACUGUCAAUAGCUUUAGAAACAACGUGACCUGAAAUUUGUGCGAAAGGAUAAACGUAUCUGUAUUCAAAAUGGCCAAUUAGGGCUAGAUGUUAGAUUGUGAAACUAUUUAAGUAAUAGGCAGUGUGGUGUGACUAGUGUUUUGGAUGCAUUAUGUAUACCAUAAAUUAAAUGUAUCGGUAAUCGGUACUUAUCGAAGGUUUUAAAGGGGAAAUCCAAGUGUCCAGCUGAAUAAGAUUUUACUGAUGAAGAGUCUUGGUAAUAUGGGCGGUAACUGUUGUCACCAUGCUAGUCUUUGUCAUCUGCUGAUCAAUAUGCACACUUUUACCUUAAUUCUAAGUCAAUUAUUGCCAAAAAGUCAUAGGGGAGAUAACUCCCUUUGAAUAUUGUUUUUGUUAUCUAUACAGGUAUGUAAGAGUGUGUCUUGUCCAAAUUUAUGCAAUGUAUAUUUUGUCAACUCCAGACAAAAACAAUGCAAGCUUGUAUUAAGUAUUAACAAUUCCUUUGUUUACCAGCUGUUUUGCAUUAGUUGAAGCAUUUUGUAGUAGAGUUUUUUCAUGUGUAUAUCUUUUUGUAAUUUGGAAAUUGCCAUACUCGUGAAAACAGAUGCAUGUUAUAUAACCUGAACAGGUAUAUACAUGUAGUAUACCUAAGUGGUACAGCAAGCCUGAAAUGACCAGAAUAUUGUGAAACAAUGAUAAGAACACUAGUAUUUAGAUUUUUAAAUCACUUUCAGGAUACCUAUUAUACUUGUUAUAAUAUUUUCACACUUUUCAUGCUAAAUCGAAAGCACUAAAUUAUGAUAACUGCUGUACACAGUACAAUCACUGUUAGUGUUUUCCUGUAAACAUGCUAGUAAUAUCUCUAUCGCUAUAUAUAGCUUGUUAAAUUGCCUUGAUGAACAGAACAUAGUAGUUCUCAUAUAGAAGUAUAUAUAUCUUGUAUAGCUUUUCCUCUUCCUAUUUGUUCUUUAUCCUAAUUUUAUAUCAUUACAUGCUAUUUUUUCCCCAAUAAAAUUAUAACAUUUUAGAAUAAAUUACAA